UUGCAGGUAAGGAUUAGGUGGUACAAAUGGGUUCUCAACUUCCUUCUUAUACUGUUCAAGCAAUGGAUUCCAUUGCAGUUGAAAACUUGUGUAUCUCCAUAUACAUCAUCAUAGCAGUCCAGAUGAAGGCUUAUCACAACAAAGCACGCCUGGCUGCAGUAUUUUGGCUUGCAAUUCUGCUUCAGUUCAUGUACUCCUAUGGUAAAGGUGAUGGUGCAGGUGCUUGCAAUUUGCAAUCAAUAGAGAUAAAGCAAUUUAUGUUGGAGGAUAAGUGGAAGCAGGGAGAUAUGAUGAGGGCCACAUAUUAUGUGAGCAUUACAAAUAGUGGAUGCCUUGAUACUGCCUGUCUUCCACACAAUGUAGUUAUGUGGUGCCCUGGCAUGCCUUCCACAGAUAAUCUCGCAUUUUUGCCCAACACAAUUUUAUCAGCCUACUUCAUCGCAGGAAGGGAUUUAUAUAUUCUAAAUGAAGGAGAAGAAUUGGCACCUGAUGUGUCGAUGGGAUUCAAUUAUACAGUGGCCCUCAGAGGAAUAGGGAUUCUUCCUCCAAUCCCUCUCCCAAUACCAAUCGUUGUGUAUUCUGCUGACUUUUGCUCAUAACUAAUCCUUCCGGCUUGCCCUUUUUGCCUUCGAAAAUAGUGCCCUUGUAGCUACAGUUGUUUUGCUCUUAUUUUCAUUUAAAUAAUGCUACAUCCAUCAAUUCAAAUUGAUUAGUUUAUAACUCAAUUAAUGCAUUAAAAUAUUUAAUGUAAUUGUAAAUUAAUUUUUUUUUAAAUAAAAAAAAGUGAAGUCAUAGUUUCCACAGUCCAUGGAAUUGUGCAACAGAUUUCCCAAUUCAA